GUGGAAGACUCAUCCGGCGCUGGCCACGAAGGCGUCCUCUUUGAAGCUUCUUUGGGGUUGUUGCAGAUCUCCCUGCUCUACCUGAGGAAGGCUGUGCCCUAUUCAGGCCCUACCUGCCCCCUCUGACGGGCCCCUCUCCGCCCAAACAGUCUCCCGUCCAAAGCCCCUUCCAAAACCCUUCGUCUACUCCAAGCUGCUACGCGAACACCGGGAUAAUUCGACACGAUGCCGGUUUUACCACGACAAUACCCGUCGACGCCUCCGACGGAGGCGCCAACUGCUCUGGAUGAUGGAUGGUCAUGGUUUGGAUGGUCAACGUUAGGAUGGGCCUUAAUAGGUCUCUACAUAGUUCUAGGGAUCACCUGGUACACGACGUACGAGGCGGAGCGGAUUUGGACCUGGGUUGCGGACGGUCUAAACCCUGACCGUUCCGGCGACAAAUUCGGGCCCAGACAGCGUGGGUUUUUGUUGGCCCUUUUCGUCGUAUUAUCGAAUGUGUUUGUGUUUUGCUGGCCCGUCUGGUAUAUCCUCUAUGGCGUCGGCAAUUGGGCGGCAAGCCUCCGCUGGUACUGCCUACGGUGCGAUAAAUUUUGUUGUGAUGAAAACGGGUACAAGAUGCACUGCCAAUCGCCCGAGCACACGACGGCCAAAGAGUUCCAAAAGUAACGAAUCAUGGAAGUCAUCAGU